UUUGCAGUGCUAUUUUUUUAGGGGGGCGGGGGGUGGGGGGUGGAGGAAGCGGAAAGCAGUGCAGAGUCGCCGGGGACCUUUCGGGUGAACCAUGUUGAGUCCUGCAAACGGGGAGCAGAUUCACCUGGUGAACUAUGUGGAGGAUUAUCUGGACUCCAUCGAGUCCCUGCCUUUCGAUCUGCAGAGAAACGUCUCCUUGAUGAGGGAAAUAGACGCGAAAUACCAAGAAAUCUUAAAGGAGUUGGAUGAAUAUUAUGAGAAGUUCAAACGAGAGACCGACUCAGUACAGAAGAGGAGAGUUUUACACUGCAUUCAAAGAGCAUUAAUUCGGAGCCAGGAACUUGGAGAUGAGAAGAUCCAGAUUGUUAGCCAAAUGGUGGAACUAGUUGAGAAUCGGACCAGGCAAGUUGACAGUCAUGUGGAACUUUUUGAGACUUGUCAAGAGACUAAUGACACCACUGGCAAUAGUGGCAAAACCAGCCAGGAUAAGUCUAAGAAUGAGACAAUCACUCAAGCUGAGAAGCCUAAUAAUAAAAGAUCCAGGCGGCAGCGAAACAAUGAGAACCGAGAAAAUGCAUCUAAUAAUCACGAUCAUGAUGAUAUCACCUCAGGAACUCCAAAGGAGAAAAAAGCUAAAACUUCAAAGAAAAAGAAGAGAUCUAAGGCCAAAGCAGAGAGGGAGGCCUCCCCUGCAGACCUUCCUAUAGAUCCAAAUGAACCAACAUACUGCUUAUGUAAUCAAGUCUCCUAUGGAGAAAUGAUAGGUUGUGAUAAUGAUGAAUGCCCAAUUGAGUGGUUUCAUUUCUCAUGUGUAGGACUUAAUCAUAAACCAAAGGGCAAAUGGUACUGUCCCAAAUGUAGAGGGGAAAAUGAAAAAACAAUGGACAAAGCACUGGAGAAAUCCAAAAAAGAAAGAGCUUAUAACAGGUAGUUUGUAGACAUUUAUUUUAAUAGUAAGGAAAAAAAAAGAAAACAAACCAGUGUAUUUAUUACCUUUACCACCUUCGUGGAGGUACAAGGAUUGUAAAAUGUAUAUUUUUAAAGAAAGUUAGAAAAUAAACCAUUCCUGUUAAAGGGAUGGUAGUGAUUUGUUUGUUUGUUUGUUUUGUUUUGUUUUCAUUUGGUACAUCUGAACCAGGAAGUGGUCUGUGGAUCAACAUUUUUUUAAACUCCAAAAAUAGAUUUGGAUAAAGCACCCAAGUGAGUCAAAAGGCUCGAAUUUCUUUUCAUGACCGGGAAGCACUUAAGCCCACUAAAAUAUAGAUGAAAGAAAAUAAUUUCAUAAAGCCAAUUUUUUAUCUUAAGGAAAAUGUUAUUUACUUUAAAAAAAAAUUGGAAAACCAUUAGCCAGAUGGCUGUAUUUGAAUAAACAUACAGCCUGCUGCAUUUUUAAAAUAACCAAUGUGACAUUAAACAAAUGACUCUUGCUACUAUAGUACGUGUCAGUAUAACAGUUCAAUAACAAAGGUUUAGGGUUAAAAGAUUAUUUUUUAAAAAAGAAAAUGGUUAAAUUUUACAUGACAAUAUUUUAUAUACUGGCCUAGUCCCAAAGGGGCCAUUUUAAAAUGAUUGAGUACAUUUUAUAUUUAACCAGAAAGUGAUCUAGCAGUGGAACUUAAACACAAAAAAAUCAAGCUUUAUACUGUCACAAAUAAUAGUGUAGCAAUCUUUUAUUUGUAUAAGUUGUAUAAAUGUAAAUUUCUGAGUGGACUUGCACUUACUGUAUUAUAAUCGGAAAUGCAGCCAAAUGCCGUUGUGAAACCAAUGUGCAUUUCCUUCUGUAUGUAUGAAAGUUGUACAGCUGUGAUAUUAAAGAAUAAAUCAAACUUUGGACAGUUUGCUCCUUUAGUAGCAUUUAAUAUUCCUCUUUUUAAAAAAAAAUUACUUAAAAUGUCAGAAGUACCAGCAAAGUCAUAAACAGAGUAGAAUUUAUACCAUUGGCCUACAGAAUAUAAUGAUAAUGAAAUACUAGGUAACAAAUUAACAUCAAAAAAGUAUUUACAUCUUACUUGCAUCCUAAGGCCUUGGUUUUUUUCCUCCAAAAUCUGCCUAUAUGUUGAAAGAAAAUAUCUUAUUUCUAAUACAAAACAUUUAACUUGCCUACUUUUUAAUGUCAGCCUUUAAGUUGGUAAAAAUCAGUUGUAUCUACAGUUUUUGUUAUGAAUGUAAAGUCCCCUCUCAAGAGUUUGUCACAGGACAAUUAUAUAUGACAGCUAUAUAUACAUUAUAGCUAUUAUGGCAUUAAAGUCAAAUAUAGGCCUGCCAAACAAUAGUGAAGUGCCAAUUUUGUUUAUUAUACAAGGAUAGAGGGAAUUUUAAUGGAUGAGGAAACCUACCAAUGUAGGUUGGCUCCAUUUCUGAAAUUGACAGUUAAUCUUAGUUUGCUGGGGACACUUAAGAGGUUAGUGAUUAGCCCAAGACUAUACAGUUAGCCAGGCUAUGCAUAAAUAGGACUUGAACAGAUGUCUCCUUUGCUCCAAGGUCAGUUAUAUAUCCAUUGGCCUACAUUGCCUUUUUGUGGGACAUGGCUGUUUUCACUUGGUAGAGUGAUUUGUUUGGUUAAUUCCAAUAAUGAAUAAGACUCUGGCAUAAUAAUUAGUUACACGAUUCCUGAGUGGUCACUGUCUCCAUUCCUUAGAGGGAAUGAGUGAUAUUGAGCUACCAGAGACUGAAGAAUAAUAGAUGACUGGAACUGCUCAUGUGCUAAACUAACUGGCUAAUAACCAAUCUGGGCAUGUUGCAAACAGUAUAAAAAAGAUUCACUAUUUAGAAGUAAAAAAGUAAAGGAAAUUAUAUUAGCACACUUGAUUUAAUCAUGAUAGUGGAAAAACAAUGUAAGGACCCUUUAACAGCCAGGUUUUAUAGAAAAAUUAGGAAAAUUUCAACUACUAACAGCAGAUUUUCACAACUUCUCAGCUCUCAAGCUUUGAGUUGAAAGGAACUUCACAUUUUCUUCCCCCAUUAGAGGUGUGCUUAAGAACAGCAUUUGCUGUGUGUUCCCAAUGCUUAGCACAGUAUAUGGCAUAUAGGAAGUGCUUAAUUAAAAGUUCAUUGACUUGACUCACUGACUCAUAGGCUAACUAGUCCAAACUCUACCUGAUAAAAAAGCCCUUCUUUGAACAUACCUGACAAGUGGUC